AUGGGCCCCUAUAUACCGCCUCCUCAUGCUGCUGCCAGGCCCCUAAUCUGCCAUGGGCCCCUAUAUACCGCCUCCUCAUGCUGCUGCCAGGCCCCUAAUCUGCCAUAGGCCCCUAUAUACCGCCUCCUCAUGCUGCUGCCAGGUCCAGAGUCUCUCAUGGGUCCCUGUACGGCCUCCCAUUGCUGCUGUCUCCAUCGCCACACUCUGCCAUGUGCCACUUUCAGGUCUCCUCACACUGCUGGUGUGUUCCAGAGUCUCUCAUGGGUCCCUGUACGGCCUCCCAUUGCUGCUGUCUCCAUCGCCACACUCUGCCAUGUGCCACUUUCAGGUCUCCUCACACACUGCUGGUGUGUGUGUAGAAUUUUUUGACAUAGGGUGCUGGCAGAUUACGGGCCUCCCAUAGCUGCUGCCAG